AGACAUGAUAGCAAUCUCCCAUGAUUUCGCUUCGAAAUCAUCUGGAUACAUAUUCCAAACAGAUAAUGAAGACAAUUUAGAAGCUAUGAGAAUAUUAGAAAAUCUUAAAACUCAUUAUAACAAUGAAAAAUUUGCAGACACUAAAAUAAUAGUGGAUGAAGAUAAAAAUGAAGUAAUUUAUGUUCAUUCUCAAAUACUUAAGAUACAAUCCAAAUAUCUUGAAAGUGCUUUAUCACAAUCUUGGGAGAGAAAAAAAGAUAAUUACUAUAUUAUUAAGAAACCAAAUGCUACAAAAGAGAGCAUGGAUAAUGUAUUAAAAUUUCUUUAUUUUGAUAAACCAUUUUCCUCACUGCGAGCUGAAGAAUUUAUAAAAACAUUUUUGUUAACUGAUGAAAUAUGUAUAGAUGUGUAUCUUAAUAUGUUAAACCAAUAUUUUAUAAACAACAUAGAAAAAUUAAUAAGUGAUGAUUUGAAACUAAUUUUUGAUUUUAUUGAAUCCUUUAAGGAACUGCAGAAAAUAGUAGUAAGAACAAUAUUUCAUAAACCUAAAUUAUUUUUUUCAGCAGAAAAUUUUCAAACUAUAACUAUUCAAUAUUUGAAACUUUUUAUAUCAAAUGACAAUUUAGAUAUAAAAGAAACUGAAAUUCUUAAAAAAGUAAUUAUAUGGUUAAAUGGCAGAGAUUUGAAAGAUUUGAAUGAAUACUAUAAUAUAUUAUUAAAAUAUAUUCGCUUCGAUCAAAUAACUGAUAAUGGUUUUAAAAUAUUGUAUGUGAAUUUAAAAGAAGAAAGUAUUAACUCAGACAUUUUAAAAAAGUGGAUUGAUAGACAAGAUACAACAAAUUAUAAGCACAACUUUAAAUUAUUAUUAAAAGAAAAUGUAAUCAAAGCUGAGCAAUUACACAGUUCUUGUAAUAAUAAAGAUGCUACAAUCGUGAUUGGAAAGUUAAAAAAUGAAGAUAGUUUUAUUGGAGGAUAUAACUCUUUAAAUUGGUCAACAGAAACUUACAAAGGAACAGAAGAUAGUUUUAUAUUUACCAAACUGUUGUCAUUCCUUCAAAGCAAAGCACUAUUAUCUUCAAUUUAUGGAGCAGUUUACGUAAAAAGACAAAAAAUGAUAGACUAUAUUUUGGAUAUUAAUCGAUUAAACAACUUAUUGAAAAAUAAUGAAAUUAAUUUUUUGAGCAAUUUGUUUCCACCUGCAAAUGUAGAAUUAGACGAAGAGGUCAACGAAUAUUUAGAUAAUAUAUUUUCUAUUUUUAAGAGUAAAGAGACUCUUAAUGCUGAAAAUAUAUUCGAAGAAGUGGAACAAGAAUGGAAAUUAACUGGUGAUGUUGAAAAGAAAGCUAAGAUAUUUUAUGACGCAAUUCAUUCCACAUUGAACGAUGACUCACUCAAGGAACAAAGAAAACAAAAACUAGUACUUCUUAAAGAAACACCUUCUGACAUC